CGCACUUCCAAACCCUAAACCCCUGAAACCCUAGUUCAGUCUUGGAGAUGUGAGAGGCUCUUUUGGCAGCCAAACCUCGACUCUCCAUCGCCUCAGCGAUUGCCAUCCUCGGUAAGGCGAUCCAGCCCUUGCCUUCUCCGUGCCUCAGUAAUUGUCGUCGUUGGCAAGGUCGUCUUGCAAUGGAAGAGAAGAUGAGCUCCAUGGCCCUCAGCAGCCCCGCCGAUGUCAAAGGUAUGGCGGACACCGUCAUCAAGAAGCGCGUCGAGUUGUUUGAGAAGCUGCAGAAGGAGCAGGCCGAGGCGUUUCGGGCGAAGGGCGGGGAUCCCAUCAAGAUUACGAUGCCGGAUGGAGCUGUGAGGGACGGGAAGAAAUGGAUCACAUCGCCCAUGGAUGUUGCGCGGGAAAUCUCUCAGGGACUUGCAAACAGCGCGCUCAUUGCCGAGGUGAAUGGCGUGUUAUGGGACAUGACGAGACCAUUGGAGGGCGACUGCACUCUACAGUUACACAAAUUUGAGUCAGACAAGGGUCGCGACACCUUCUGGCACUCGAGUGCUCACAUUCUUGGCCAGUCAAUUGAAAUGACAUACGGAUGCAAGCUUUGCAUUGGACCUUGCACCACUAGAGGAGAGGGUUUCUAUUACGAUGCUUUCUACCAUGGGCUUACCUUGACUGAGAAAGAUGAUUUUGGAAAGAUUCAAGCACAAGCAAAUAAAGCAGUGAAGGAUAAGCAACCUUUUGAGAGGAUUGAAGUUACCCGCGAACAAGCUUUGGAGUUCUUCGCAGAAAAUCCGUUCAAGGUUGAAAUUAUCAAUGAGCUUCCGGAGGAUAAGACAAUCACUGUGUACAGAUGUGGUCCGCUUGUAGAUCUAUGUCGUGGUCCUCAUAUCCCAAGCACUUCUCACGUGAAGGCGUUUGCUUGCUUGAGGGCUUCGGCCUCAUACUGGAGAGGAAGAGCAGACCGGGAAAGCCUUCAGCGUGUUUACGGCAUUUCCUAUCCAGACAACAAGCUACUGAAGGAGUAUCUUCAUAACGUGGAGGAAGCUAAGAAAAGAGACCAUCGGAAGCUUGGCCAACAGCAAGAGCUUUUCUUCUUUCACGAAUUGAGCCCUGGGAGCUGUUUCUUUUUACCUCAUGGUGCUCGGAUAUACAACAAAUUGCAAGCUUUUAUCAGGGAUGAGUACCGAAAAAGAGGUUAUGAGGAGGUCGUUUCUCCGAACAUGUUCAACAUGCAACUUUGGGAAACAUCCGGACAUGCUGCGAAUUACAAAGACAACAUGUUCACAUUUGAGGUGGAGAAACAAGAGUUUGGAUUGAAGCCCAUGAACUGUCCUGGUCAUUGUCUCAUUUUUGAUCAUCGCGUCCGUUCAUACAGAGAACUUCCGUUGCGCUUGGCAGAUUUUGGAGUGCUUCAUCGGAAUGAGUUAAGUGGUGCUCUUUCUGGACUGACGAGAGUACGAAGGUUCCAACAGGAUGACGCACACAUAUUCUGCAUGGAGUCUCAGCUUCUAACUGAAGUAAAGGGCGCCUUAGACUUUCUGGAGUUCGCUUACGGAGUGUUUGGUUUCACAUUUGAGCUGGAGCUUUCCACGAGACCAGAGAAAUACUUGGGUGAGAUAGAGACAUGGAACCGAGCUGAGAAAGCAUUGGAAGCUGCCCUGAAUGCGUUUGGUAAACCCUGGCAGAUUAAUGAAGCGGAUGGUGCCUUUUAUGGACCAAAGAUUGACAUCACCGUUUUUGAUGCAUUGAAGAGAAAGUUUCAGUGUGCUACAAUCCAGCUUGACUUCCAGCUUCCGAUACGUUUCAACCUAUCAUAUUCCACGGAAGACGAAGCUAAGAGGGAAAAGCCAGUUAUCAUCCACCGUGCCAUUCUUGGAUCGGUAGAGCGGAUGUUCGCUAUUCUGCUGGAACACUAUGCAGGGAAAUGGCCUUUUUGGCUGAGUCCACGUCAGUGUAUCGUUUGCCCGGUAUCAGAGAAAUUCACGCAUUAUGCGGUGGAGGUUCGGGAUGCUAUAAAUGCAGCUGGCUAUUUUUGUGAAGCAGAUGUCACUGACCGUAAAUUGCAGAAGAAGAUCCGAGAAGCUCAGUUGGCGCAAUUUAACUACAUUCUUGUCGUUGGCGAAGAGGAAACAAGCAAAAAACAAGUGAACAUCCGUACGCGAGAUAAUGUUGUGCAUGGCACCAAGUCUGUUACUGAGUUGCUAGCAGAUUUUCAGAAAGAGACUGCUGAGUACCGCUGAGGGAUCGGUUUUCCUCUUGUGGUCACCCAUGUAGAGCCUGAUUGCGAGCUGGUUUCCUUCCACUAUUGGAAAUAUUCAUCCUUUUAUAGGAGCAUUGCAGUUUUGUUACAAAAGAUUAUAUUAUUAGAGUAUGGUUUACACAAGCUCGCCCAUGCGGGUUAUUGUGUGGUGUCUUGAAUCGCCAAGUUUGCUGAAGUUGCAGCUGGCCAAGAAAAGUGCCUCAUUCAUUUGGUCUAGUGGUAAAAAAGGUGGUUUCUUCUGUUUUGGCAAGGGUGUUGGAUGCUUGUGUAAUGAAGAAACAUUGGAAUGAAUUUAGGAUCUUCACCUGCACGAUAGGCUUCAAGCAA